AUUGGCGCCGGGAAAGGGUUAUGGAAAGGCACAAUUACAAAAACCCUUUUUAUUGGAGAAGGUGUAUAAAUAUGGACACAAGAUUCUAUUCACCCCCCAAAUCCCCUCUCCAUUCAAAGAAUAAUUUCCUCCCACGCCUUCCUUCUUCAUCUUUCCACAGCAUUUCCGGCCACCGUCUCCUCCGCCGCCGCGUCCACAAUAGGGCGGAUAUGGACCAAGCGCCUUAUUAAACUUUUAUGUUUGAAGAAACUGAUAGUUUCAGAUUUUAAAUUUUGAUUUCACAGGAACCCAAUAAUGAACGACGAAGCCCCUAAAAAUGAAAAGGUUAUAGAGAUCGAAGAUGGUGAUGAUCACGAGGACCAAUCGUCUCCGAGAGGCGUGUUGGAAAUUCCUGUAUCUGGUUCGGAUUCCGAUAAUCAGAGCAGCGUAAGCCGGAGCCUCAGCAGCCGCGGUUCGUCUUUCAAUGAUAAAUCUCCGGAGGGAGAAGUUGAUUGCGGUGGAGAGGAGGAGGCUGGCGGCGGCGGAGCGGGGGUCGGCAAUCCUUCGUCGACGGCGUGGAGGAAUUUGGUUGAUAAUUUGAAGUGGAAGUCGAUUAAGAGGCUAUCGACGUUUCCGUUGGUGGCUGGAUAUGAGCUUUCGAGGAAGAGUUUGAUGAAGAGAUUAGCGAAGAAUCAUAACAUCGAAGAGGCGAUUGAUGGCGGGAAUUGGGCAGUUCCGAAACCGUCGUGGCGGAAUUUUACGUUGGAAGAACUUGCAGCCGCCACCGAUAACUUCAGCUCCGAUAAUUUGGUGGGACGAGGGGGGCAUGCUGACGUGUACAAAGGACGGUUACCGGACGGCGAACUAGUGGCGGUGAAAAGAAUAACGAAAAAAGAGAAAAAAGACGAAGACAGAGUCGGCGACUUCUUAUCGGAGCUCGGAAUCAUCGCUCACAUCAACCACCCAAACGCCGCUAGAUUGAUCGGAUUCAGCUCUGACACUGAUCUGCACCUUGUCCUCCAAUUCGCACCUCAUGGCAGCCUUGCAACUUUACUACACAAUGGUGAAGAGCGAUUAGAAUGGGGGUUAAGGUUUAAGAUCGCGAUCGGAAUCGCGGAAGGUUUGCAGUAUCUCCAUUGCGAAUGUCACAGACGCAUAAUUCAUCGAGAUAUCACAGCUUCAAACAUUUUGUUAAUGGAAGACUAUCAACCACAGAUCUCUGAUUUCGGUUUAGCAAAAUGGCUCCCGGAGAAAUGGGUACACCAUAUUGUUUCCCCAAUUGAAGGAACCUUCGGAUACAUGGCGCCUGAGUAUUUCAUGCAUGGAAUUGUUCAUGAGAAGAUUGAUGUGUUCUCUUUCGGUGUUCUUUUGCUUGAGCUUAUAACCGGUCGUCGUGCAGUUGAUUCAUCUCGACAAAGUCUCGUAAUCUGGGCAAAACCACUUCUUGAGCAAAGCAAGAUGAAAGAGCUUCUGGAUCCACGUUUAGAAGACGAUUAUGAAAUGAUCGAACUGAAACGAGUGAUGUCAGCAGCGUCAGCAUGCAUUCAUCAUCUUCCAAACAUGCGUCCAAACAUGAAACGGGUUGUGGAGAUACUUAAGGGUGAAAGCAAGACAGCUGAAGUUAAACAGAAAACGGCAGGAGGAAGGGCAGUGCUUUUAGACGCUUGUGAUGUGGAUAAUUACAAUUCUACCACGUAUCUGAAAGAUCUUAAUCGACACAUGGAGCUUGUAAUGGAUGAGUGAUUGAUGGUUUUUGGUUUUUUGUUUUUGUUUUGUGUUUGAAGCCAAGGUGGG